CUCUGCUCCGAUCGCUGCAGUCUUUUUAUACAUAUAUAUAUCCUUUGAGCCAUCGAGCUAUUGAAGCAGACAGGCAACAGCACCAACAACUACUACCACUACCACUGCCACCGCCACUACCACUACCACUACUACCGCCAGCCUUUUCUGUACCCCUCCAUCCUUCUCUCGCUUUUCAUCAAUGGGCGUUGAAGCCUUCUGCCACGACCAGGAGGGAUGGGUAAGUUAUCCUACGCCACCAAUUCACAAGACUCUGCUAUACAACAUCAACAACGUGCUCCCUUCCCCUUUCCCAUCCCCAUUCUCCACACACGUUUCACAGCCAUACAACCUCGCUCACUUCGCUCAUUUUUCCUCUUCAUGCACAUAGGGUCCAACGAGUCAUCUGCGGCCGGAUUUGACACCAUGUGUCGAAAACACCAUCCUCCUGGCCCUCCCCUCGCUUGUCGCCUUGAUCGCCUUGACCUAUCGCAUCUUUUACAUGUGGCGAUACGGCAAACCACAUAACCUGGGCCGCACUAACUUGAUCUAUUGGCCAACGCAGUUCUUCAUGCUGGCCAGUGUAGCUGCCUUGAUCGCCAGAGCAGCUCUCCUGAAGCAGGACGAUUAUGCACCCGCCACCAUGUUCAGCACCAUCUGCAUGCUUCUUGCUUGGUGUGUAGCGAUUGUCCUGAACUACUUUCAGCAUCAGCAGGAGAUCCGAUCCAGCGAUUUGAUCUUCUUCCUCUAUCUCUUCAACAUGGUCGCCUCCGCUAUCAACAUCCGCACCAUGUCAAUGGUGAACCAAACCGGUCAGGAUCAGUUCACGGCCUUCGUCGUCUUUUUCGGACUCAACAUCGUCGGAUUCAUCUUCGAGGCCUGGCCCCGUGGUCGCACGCAGGUCCAGAUCAAGAGUGGUGCAAGUCGCUUUGAGAAAGCCAACCUCUUCUCCCGCCUCACUUUCCAUUUCCUUCAGCCUAUCGUCUCUCUUGGAUACAAGGCUCCUCUACAAGCUAAAGACAUCGACGGCAUGAUGCCUCGCAGGAUGAGAAUAGAAUACAGUCACGAUCUUUUGAACAACAAGUGGCAAAAGAACAUUGCCAAGGCUAAGGCCAAGGGCGAGAAGCCCAGCUUGUUCUGGACCAUCUUGACCGCCUAUGGAUGGGACUGGGCACCCGUGAUGGUUUACCGUAUCGCCGCCUCGACUUUGACCUACGUGCUUCCGACGCUGCUGAACCAACUCUUAGGAUUCAUUGGAUCAUACUCGCCAGGGAACGAGAAUCCACAGCCUGUCAGCCUGGGUGUCAUUCUUGCCUUCGGCAUGUUCUUCGCAUCGCUGCUCAACUCGUUCUUUAUGGCUCAGUACUUCCAGGCGUCCAUGAACAUCGGAGUUGAGGCCAGAACAGCUUUGAUCGCUAUGAUCUACCGCAAGUCGCUCAAGCUGACAAGCGCUGCCAAGCAGAAGAGCACAGCAGGAGAGAUCAAUAACCACAUGUCGGUCGAUGCUGAGCGAUGGGCCGAGACAACCAACUUCUUGCCCAUGUUCGUCAGUAUUCCGUACGAGCUUGCCAUUGCUCUCUGGCUUUUGUAUCAGCAGAUCGGAUGGUCUGUCUUUGUUGGAUUGGCCACUAUUGUUAUCUUUAUGCCUAUUCAGGGAUUUGCAGGCCGUCUAUUCACUAAAGCGAAGGCAGGCAAGCUGGAGGGCAUGGAUGGCCGUGUUCGUCUUAUGAACGAGAUUCUCUCUGGAAUCAAGAUUAUCAAAUUAUACGGAUGGGAAGAGUCAUUCAUGGAGCGUGUGCGCGUGUUCAGGAACCGCGAACUUUCCCAACUCCGCAGGAUUGGAACCGUCUUUUCUUUCAUGUCGAUCAUGUUCCAGUCCAUGCCACUCCUUAUCUCAUUGGUCUCAUUUUCAGUCUAUGCCUCGGUCGGAGGUCCCAACUUUAGCAGGGGUGACAUCAACCCUCAGAGAAUUUUUGUCUCCAUCUCGCUCUUCGGAAUGUUGAACCGCCCGAUCGGUAUGCUGUCCCAUAUCAUUGCCUUGACCAUCGGUGUCACAGUUGCCACGGGACGCAUCCAAAAGUUCUUGCUUGCCGAGGAGAUCGCAGGUUCGACCACCGAGUCCAUCAAGGCCUUGCCCAAGGAUAAGACUAUCCCUCUGAUCGAGAUCAAGGACGGAGUCUUUGCAUGGGAGCCAGAAGGACCUGAAGUCGAAACCGAGAAGGAAAAGUUGGCUCGGGAGAAGGUAGAGACCAAGAAGCAGAAGCAGCUUGAGAAAGAGGCACGCAAGGCUGGAAAACCCAUCCCCGAGAAGGCUGUCCCUGUCGAAAAGGAUUACUCGCCAACGCUGACCAACAUCAACCUGAUGAUUGCCCGUGGAAACUUGACCGCUGUUGUCGGAAGAGUUGGACAGGGGAAGACGUCGCUGUUAAACGCCAUCAUUGGAGACAUGUACAAGCGCCAGGGAACAGUCAGGGUCUAUGGAAGGCUGGCCUAUGUUGCGCAAACUGCUUGGAUCGUCAACGCGACCUUAAGGGAGAACAUUACCUUCGGUAACGAGUUUAAUCAGGAGCGUUACGACCAUAUUGUGAUGGCAUGCGGUCUUUUGCCCGAUAUUGAGAUGCUUCCUGCCGGCGAUAUGACUGAAAUCGGAGAGCGUGGAAUCAAUCUUUCGGGCGGUCAGAAGCAACGCGUCUCCUUGGCGCGUGCUGCCUAUGAGAAUGCUGAUGUGUAUCUCUUGGACGAUCCUCUGAGUGCUGUCGAUGCUCAUGUGGACCAACAUCUUUGGCAGAACUUGAUCGGGCCCAAUGGACUUCUCAAGGACAAGACCCGUAUCUUGGUUACGCAUGCUAUCCACCAUUUGGAGCAGGCCGACCAAAUUGUUCUUCUCAAGGAUGGUGAGAUUAGCGAGGUUGGACAGUAUGACACUCUCAUGCAGGCUAAGGGUGCAUUCAGCCAGUUAAUUACAGAGUACUCUGUCAACGAGGGCAGGAAGCGCAAGGAGAAGAAGGCUACCGGAGAGGAUGGCGAACAGGACGACGACGCAACUGAGGCCUCGACUGAAAACGGAGACGAUAAGGAUACCCAGACUGUAGCUGUCAAGAAGGACAACAAGGCCGAGCUUAUUGCUGAAGAGAAGAUGGUUCAUGGAAGCGUUGCUUGGGGCGUCUACAAGAUCUACGCCAAGGCAGCCUCUUACAAGUUGGCCUUGUUCGUCGUCAUUCUCUUCGUUUGUGGACAGGCUCUUCAGAUUGGAACCAACUUGUGGUUGAAGCACUGGACAUCAGUUGCGGGAACUGGCGAUAACAGUAUUGGGAAGUUCCUCGGUGUUUAUGCCGCACUGGUCAUCGCGUUCAUGGCCAUGAACGUCACCGUCACCUAUGUCGCGAUGGUUAAGGCGGCCAUCAGGGCAUCCGUCCGCCUGCAUGAACGACUCUUGACAAAGAUGCUCCGCUUGCCCAUGUCUUUCUUUGACACAACGCCUCUCGGAAGAAUCGUAAACAGAUUUUCUAGCGAUAUCUUCUCGGUGGAUGAACUGACACCCUGGAAUUUCAUCAACAUUUUCAUGUGCGGCAUGUCUGUCCUCGGAACAAUCGUUGUCAUUGCGACUACGACGCCCAUCUUCUUGGCUAUCGUUCCCCCACUUGUGGUGGUCUAUCUCUUGGUCCAGGGAUACUACAUCCGAUCCAGCCGCAGCCUGAAGAGAAUUGACUCCGUCAACAAGUCACCGAUCUAUCAGCACUUUAGCGAGACCCUGUCAGGAGUGACGACAAUUCGCGCGUUGGCAGCCAGCGAGCGCUUCAUCGCUGACAAUGCUACCAAGACGAACUCCUCGACCAACGCGUACUUCUCUUGGAUCAUUGCUAACAGAUGGCUACAGAUCCGUUUGGAAAGUCUGGGCUCUGUUGUGGUCCUCGCUGCAGCCCUUUUUGUUGUCUUGGGCAGAAACACAUUGUCUUCUGCCAACGCCGGUCUGGCUCUCUCGUAUGCGCUUUCCGUGACACAAGAUAUCACCUGGCUUGUCCGAUCCUACUGCGACCUUAACAACCAAUUGGUGGCGGUUGAGCGUGUGGAUGAGUACGCUAACAAGAACCCUGAGGCCCCUACUGUGACAGACGUUAAUCUGCCCGAGAACUGGCCUAACGCUGGUCGUGUCGAGUUCAGGAACUACUCGACCCGUUACCGCGAGGGGCUCGACCUGGUCAUCAAGAACAUCUCGUUCACGGUCGAGCCCGCAGAGAAGGUCGGCAUCGUCGGCAGAACUGGUGCCGGUAAAUCCUCGCUCACACUCGCCUUAUUCCGUAUUGUCGAGGCAGCCAACAGCCAUUGGGCUAAGGCUAGCUAUAAUGGCGCUGAUAUGGAUGCGGACCCGACAAAGAAGGACCAGAUUACGGAUUUGGAGAAAGUGGAUGUGGAAGAGGAUGGCGGAUCGAUCUGGAUCGACGGCGUGGAUAUUUCAACAGUUGGCUUGACCUACCUCCGUCAGCACUUGGCCAUCAUUCCUCAGGACCCUACUCUCUUUGUCGGCACUGUGCGUGAAAACUUGGACCCCUUUGACGAGCUGCAGGAUGCAGAUCUUUGGGAGGCGCUGGAGCGCGCUCACUUGAAGGAACACAUCCAGUCGCUCGCUGGAGGAUUGUCGUUCAAGGUCUCACAGAACGGCGACAACUUCUCGGUCGGUCAGCGAUCUUUAAUCUGCCUGGCCCGUGCGUUACUUCGCAAGACCAAGAUCCUGAUCCUUGACGAGGCUACUGCUGCAGUUGAUGUUGAGACGGACGAGCUGAUCCAGAAGACGAUCCGCAAGGAAUUCAAGGACAGGACCAUUCUCACGAUCGCACAUCGUAUUAAGACCGUCAUGGACUCGGACAAGAUUUUGGUCCUGGAGAAGGGUCACGUUGCAGAGUUCGAGUCGCCUGCGACGCUGCUACAACGCCCCGAUUCGUUGUUCUACAGCCUUGCUCACCAGGCCGGCGAGAUCAAGGAUACGGACGAAUAAGCGAUGUUUCAUUCAUCAUAUCAACUUUAUAUUUUCUUCACUUUUGCAUUAUACUGGCUCCUCAUCCACUAAUUUUUUAAUACGUGCAAUGCGCAAAAUACCAAUCUCGUAAUAAACAUCAGUUACUCUCUGUGGG